GCCUCUCUGCUCCCAGUCAUCUCAGAGCAUUGUCACGGUGGGCUCCUCCCUACGUAGAGCGUUCAGAAAAUCACAUUUCCUUUGGGAGGUGUUUCCUCUGGGAUGAUAACUGAGCAUGCAGACUGCCAGGUCCUCAGUGUGCCGCUGAGCACAUGAAUUUCCAGCCGGGGCUGAAAGCUGGCAUGCUAACCAGAGUGAGGUGCUUUCUGCAGUGCCCUGCCCAUAUCUUGCAGCAAGCAGUAAGAGCUGGGCCCUGCAUCAAGCCCAGAUCUGUAGCUAUGAAACUGAUAGGAAAAUAGGCCCACUCUCCUUUUACGUCUGACUUUUUUCUCGGGGAAAUCUCAUUUUCUUCCCAGGAUUAGAGCCCAGGUUCUCCGUAGGAAGAUAACGAUUCACGUUUCUUUAGGGAGACAAAUUGGCUUUCCCCGCAGGCACCACCACGGGAGCAGCAUUGCUGGAGGGCUGGUGAAGGGGGCUUUGUCUGUUGCCGCCUCUGCAUACAAGGCCUUGUUUGCUGGACCACCGGUCACUGCACAGCCAAUAGUUUCCGAAGAUCAGACAGCAGCCCUGAUGUCCCAUCUCUUUGAAAUGGGAUUCUGUGACAGGCAGCUAAACCUAAGGCUGCUGAAGAAACACAAUUACAACAUCCUGCAGGUUGUGACAGAACUCCUUCAGAUCAACAACGACGACUGGUACAGCCACCGCUACUGAGGAGUGACCGCGUAUUCAAUAACUUUGCCUGCUGCUCAGAGACGAUCUUUAUUCUGUCUUGGGGGUGUGGGGUGGAGGCCCUUGCUUAUUUUUUAAUCUGAUGAAUCUACAUAGAGCCCGUCAUUGAACUGUCAAGACAAUACCUGCCUUGCGGUAUUUUUUGGAGCAAAUGAAAGGACGGAACUUAAACCUUCACUUUAGACGUUAGAUGAAUUGUAGGAAGAGCAUUUUUCACUUGAUCUGGAUAAAACUCUUCUCCGUUUUAGUGCACUGAAAAGUGCAACUUAAACUCCCUAUAGAACCCGUUUUCUUCCUGCUGGUACUGAAGUUGAGUAUUUUUCUUUGCUUAAUUGUGGAUGUUUUCAAUGAGGAUAUCUGUUCAUUGUCAGCUUAUAAAAGAAAUUAACCUUGGAAGUUGUUUUCAAGAAUUACUCUCAUAAUUUUUCUAACCUAUCCCAAGCUUCAUAGCUGCGUGGUGUUAAAAUAACACCCAGGGCGCGCACGAUAGGAGUUUUGUUCCUCUUCCCUUCUCAAGGAGAAAGUCGUUCCCCUGCAAGUCUUAGUAACGGGCACUGUUGUUUUUCAAAAGACCCCCAGUGAUGCGUUUAGAGUACAUCCACCUUCCGGUCUCUGCACUUCUGAGAAAGGAGCGGGGAGUGUGCGCAUUAACCCAGCAGCACCUGUUGAGCAGUGUCUGUUGUAGCAAUUUUGCAUACAUUUUAUUUUAUUUAAGGGAAAAAAUGUAGGUAGUGUGAAAUAUUUUGCUAAUGCUACAAAGAAGGAGAGAAACUCUUCUAUUAAAGGGAAAAGUAAGUUUAACAGUUACCCUUUUUCUUUAUGUCGGGGGGCAGGCCUUUACAGUAGAGUGGGCGGGGGUGUAUAGGAACAUGAGAAAAGUGAAAGGCAGGCUCCUGUGUGAAUCAUGUCAGUGAAGUUCAGGGGUGGGCAAAUGAGUGGGUGUGAGGCUUAGGCCAUCCUGAUGGCCUCCUGAAUGUUUGCAAUCUGUUCAGGAGAACCUGGAACAAGAAAAAGAGGCUGGUGUUUUGCAAGACUUGGAUGGGAGCAAACUCACUGAGAAAGUUUUGGUUUAACCCCAGGGUACGCGAGCGGGAAGGAGCUCGCUUACAGGGUCCUGGUCCUCGCGCUGUUUUACAGAAGGGAGUCUUGGGUACGGCUGGUAAAGAGGUGUGACAAAGAACACUACAGAUUUGAGUCAUAAAAAUUACUUGCAGAAGAAGAAGACUCUGACCCCCAGCCUGAAGGGGGAAGGAUAGUAAAAUAGUAUUACUUAACCUGGUUUGGUGUCAUAACGAAUGGUGAUUUAAAUGAGUCAUGGGCCAUGAUGCGUCUUACAGGGUAGCUCUUGAAUGCUGUGAAAUAAGGCAGGAUUCAGACUGCAAGCCAACCAGCCUGCUUACUCUUUAAAACGUUUCUGGGGGGGGGCUUCUGGGUAGAGGCUGAGCGGCAGGGUGUGUGUAAUUCAUUCGGUUGAUUUGGGACGGGAUCUUGUCUUGACCAUGUGAGUUGUAUCGUAGGGCUCCAGGAGGGCCCCGGGGUCCAGUCGUCUGUCCCAUUGUACUUGUACCUAACCGCUUCAAGAAUGGUGAAAUAAACUUUGAAACCCCUACUUGGACUGGCCGGUCCUUUCGUCGGGAACCUCGCGUGGCCUUUGAAGAACCGAGAAGUUUUCUGGCCGCUGGGUCGAGAGAGGCUGGCCCUGGGAGGGAGGGGCGGGUCCGGAGGAGCCGGGGCGGAGCUUCCCAAGGCUUUGAGCCGAAGCUUGGGGCGAAAACACCGGCUCCCGCGCUUUCGAUUCUGCUUUGCAGGCGUUUCUGUCGCUGCGGUCGCCCGGGGUGAAAAAUACCCCUGAACGAUGGGUGAGACGCUCUCCCAGCUGGGCUCUCGGGAGGAUGAGAACAAGUCGAUGCUGCCCUCCGGCCCAGCCUGUGGCAGCGAGGCUGCCAGCUACUCCAGCACCACCGGCAGCAGCAAGCCUUCUUGUUCCUGUGCGCCUUGUGAAAGGGCUGCUGGCGGCAGCUUUGCGACUUGUCCCACCUGCCAGGGCAGUGGGGAGAUCCCUCGAGAACUAGAGAAGCAGCUGGUGGCCCUCAUCCCCUAUGGGGACCAGAGGCUGAAGCCCAGGCACACGAAGCUCUCCGUGUUCCUGGCAGUGUUCAUCUGCCUGGUGACCUCCUCCCUCAUCGUCUUUUUCCUGUUUCCCCGGACUAUCGCCGUGCAGCCUGUAGGCCUCAACUCCUCCACGGUGACUGUUGGCGAGGCCGACAUCCACCUCAAUAUAACGAAUAUCUUGAGCAUCUCCAAUAACAACUACUACCCCAUCGCCGUGACCCAGCUGACCAUUGAGGUUCUGCACCUGUCCCUCGUGGUGGGGCAGGUCUCCAACAGCCUUCUCCUCCACAUCGGCCCUUUGGCCAGUGAGCAGAUGUUGUAUACGGUAGCCAACAGGAUAUGGGAUGAAAACACAUACAAGAUCUGUACCUGGCUGAAAAUCAAAGUCCACCAUGUGCUUCUGCACAUCCAGGGCACCCUGACCUGUUCCUACCUGAGCCAUUCAGAGCAGCUGGUCUUCCAGAGCUACGAAUAUGUGGACUGCCGGGGAAACGCAUCCAAGCCCCACUUGCUGGUCCCUCGCCCGCCGUGACCUGUCUGCUGUCGUCGAGCUGCGGGCACCUGCCGGCCUGGUCUGUAUCUCCCACCACUCCAUGGCACCCAAUAGGACGAGAGUGACUCUGCCAAAGGAAAAGCCCUGCUUUAUCAUACCCUCCCCCUGUUCACCCCCAGCAGAGGAAGCUUUCUGUGGACGUUAACUUCAUACGCACACGCACACGCACACACACCCUCACGCCCUCUCUGAUUUCCACAGGAAUGGAAGCUUGGUUCUUCUAGAAGCCAGCACCAGAUAUUCCCCUUGGUCUGUCUUGAGGAAAGUCUGACCUGACGUUUCCUCAGAGCUGCCUCAGCGGCAUGGAGUGGCUCCCACACUGUCUGUGCUGAGCACCUUGGUUGCCCAGCUCGUCCAGGGAAGACCUUUGUCCUGCCUGAAUGUGGAGAAAGCUUUCAUUUUGUCUGGCUUUUAAUACAUGGAUCCUUUCCAAGUUC